AAACUUUUAAAUAAAAUAGAAAAAAAUAUAUAUAUUUACAAGGUCGAUGUAAUAUGUCAAUGUAAGCCUUAUUAAAUCUUGGCAAAUUUGAGGAGAGGAAAAUUACAAUUGAAAAUACAAUAUGAGAAUUAUUAGAAAAGUGUACCUAGGAAAUUAUACAAUCUGCAUACAUAUAAAAUUUGUGGAAAAACAAAUUUUUUUCAAGAUGUUUCCAACUCCGACUUUGAAGCAAUUCUGUAGAAUGGCCCGUACAUAUAUAUACAAGCACAAAUUACGAGCCGUUAAGUUACAGUUUCCCGUUUCCUGACAGUAUUCCUCAGACAUCUCUUGUGCCGAGCUCGCGCUGCCUUGACCUGUUAGUGGGUGGAGUAGGUGAGCAGUGUGAACAGGUAAAGUAAAGGUGUGCGUCAGUACUGUGCGUUCUCUUCUAUCUACUAACUAUCGGACCCCUCAACACAUUUUACAACAGUUGCGACAUUGCUGUUGUGGAUUUAACACUAAUUUAACACUGUGGAUUUAAUACUAAUCUGGACUGCAUAAUGCUGAAGAAAACGCAAGGCUCGGCCGACGCGGAUGCGUCGCGCAUUCUUGUGAAGGGGCCAGAGUUUUUGAGGAGACAGAUGGAGCGAGAAAGCGAGGCGAAUAAAGGACGCAUCAGUGCGGUGGAGAGGUUGGCAGCCACUAAACCUCAAUAUGUAAAAAGCCAACAAGUGGUCGGUUCGACUCAGGAACCGGUUAUCAGCAUCGGGUCUGCCUCCGUGAGUAGUCAAGGGUCUUCAAACGGGCACGGUUCCGUUAAGAACUCAACUAAUGUUGAUGUUAAGGACAUACAGUCGCCUGAAGAAGAUAGCAAUGUGGUAAGACGUAGCAGCUCGAAGAAACGACCGGACUCGAUUUUAUUAUACAGACAGAAGUGUGAACUCAUGAGAGGAUUGCCUGGCGGGAGUAGGAGAUUGAUUAAAAAGUCAUUAUUCUCUCUUAAAGAGAAGACAAACGCAUUUCCUGAGACGCGAGGUGGUGAGUCUGACGUUGAGAUAACUAACAGAAAAGACCUCACGCUUUGCUCCACACGUAAUGACUGCGGGAAAGAGUCCACUCAGCUAACUUUAUCCAUCUCAAACGGGAAGCCAGGUGAGACAAACUAUGUGCUGAAAGGACCUCCACACAGGAGACUCGCUGAAACCCAAGAGCAGGAGCGCAAGAGUCGGAGGGGGGUCGCGCGAUCCAGCUCUGACAUCAGCUCGCGCUACUCGAAAAACUUCGCGGACUUCGACGCUUUCUUCAAAUACUGCGGGCUUGAGGGUGACGUAGUUGAGUCCCUGGGCAAAGAGAACUUUUCCGCGCGCUCGGAGGACCUCAGCUCCAGAAUCCGGAGCACCAGCGUCUCAACGUCAGAUGACGGAUUCUCGAGGAGCAGCGACGGCCUGCAAGAGGAGGAAUUACAGGAGACUGUCCGUCAAGGGACGUCAGUUGUCGAGCGCAACGCUCGGAUCAUCAAGUGGCUUUACAGCUGCAGAAAUGCAGCGGAGUCGGGAAAGACUCUGCGAGAUCUGGAUUAAAUUGGGUCAUGAUAAACGUGCUGUAAGCUAUUUUUUUCCCUAUACAACGCAUAAUGUCCUGGCUACUUGACUUAAAUAUACUGGGCAUAUGUAUAUGUGACAUCCCUUGACUGUUAACAACAGAAAAGAGAGUCCCGCGCGUUUUUAGCCAAUCAGAAAACUAGCAAUCAGUCUGGCUGAUUCGGCUAAUUCACAAAUUCUAAAAGUUCUUAAAGGGUUUUAGGAUGUUUUUUUUUUUUUUUUUUUUCAACAUAAGUUACACACAUUAACAUUACCUCACACCUGAAUUUUGAAGCCACUGUUCUUUGUAAACAUAAAUUGCUAACAAAUUGCUAUAUAUAAGGACUACAACAGUUUUGUCAAACAUUUACACAACCUUGUGGUAUAGUCUUUAUUUAGCAGCUUGUUAGCAGCUAGACUGUAAUUUCUGUUGACUUGAACAUUUCUUAAAGUCCCCCUGAAAUCAAAAUUUAAGUUUUUUAGCUUUUAGUAUGAAUAUGUUAGCCUUAAUAUUAUGAAUAAGCUGCUGUGUUCCAAAACAAUGACAAAAUUCGCAUUUAGGAGAUAUAAGCAUUCAAAAUUUACAGUCUCUCACUUCCGCUAAAAUAGAUCAUGGAUUUUGAUGACAUCACAUCGCACUUCAGCUUCUCAUCAAAUCUUCUGUCCAAUCAAAUGCUCUCUAGAAUCUGUAGUCCCGCCCCCUCCUACACUAUCAACAGACACUGAAGCUGCGGCUGAAAUCGGUGUCUGUUGAUAGUGUAGGAGGGGCGGGACUUCAAAUAUAACUACAGUAUAUAGCGAACUAUUCAUACAGUGUAAAUAUACCAUUGACGCGAAUCAAGUCCGUUUCACGUUAGUAUAAUGUGAACCGCGGCAGCGUGAGCACAGGGACACAAGAGCUCAGAGCGGAUCAUAUCCGCGAGUCAGCUCAGAACACGAAAGAUAUCGGACCCAUUUACAUUCUGCACAGAAUGCUGUAUUUUAAAGUGAUAUAGAGGAGAUUCGGAGGAGAAACUGUUAGAGAUUAGAAGGAAAUAGAGGUUUUACUGAGUUUAACGUAAAAAAAGGGGCGGAGCUGUUCAAUAUAUCCUGCCCUGUCUUCCUGUUUCAGUUGAAAUUACGUCAACUCAUUGAAUAAUGCUGCGCGUUCCAAGACACUUCAGCGGGCCUUUAAAUGCUAAUACAGACUUUAUUUUACCCAUUUUAAACGCCCAUUCUAAAAACCCUAUAGAAAAUUACGUAGAGAAUGCAAAUUGCUAAUUCUCUUGCUGGUUUUAGGACCUCAAACUGCUGUAUUCGUUCAAGCUUUUUUUGGUUAAGCAUUUUCUACGCCAGUACUUGAUCCUGGUUAAUUAUCUACCUAGAUAUCGUAUUACUUGAUUUUAUAACAAAUUUAAAGUUGUUUUUAUAUUUCCAUUGCACUGUAUUAUGUGAAAACUGCCUUUGCACUCAAAUCUAUAGUUUACAGACACAAUUGUCGUUCAGGUCAAACAAGUUAUGAUACACGUUAGCUCUGGAAUGCAGAAAGUAGCCCUGGUCCUGAGAUAUGGAAAGAUAUGGUUUCAAACAAGCAGUUUUGUCCAUUGUUGCGUAACAGCGGAAGCGAUGAACAAAAAGCAAGUACAUUCACAUCCAGUGUGGGUGUAUAAUUUGUGCCACUGUCAAAUAAGUUCAAAGAUUAGGUGUCUGUUUACCCUAACUGAAUACUGACUGUUUAGUCAUGUCUUCCCUGACUCACUAUGCCUUAAAUUGCAUAAAAUAAGUCUGAAGUAACUUGAUAAGGUAUUGAGUCAAACAUCCUUACACAAUAUGUAAAAAUGCUGCAUGUAUGAAUAUGAACAUGUCAAUAAAAUAGUUUCUUACUUUUCUA